ACCUAGCGAAACAAAAAUGUUUCGCAUAAAAUUUUUAAUAAUAAAUUGCUUACUCUUAAGCACUCAUAUAAUAUGGGUUCAAGGCUGUACUGGUGAAGGAGGUGUCAGUGAGACAACUACAACUACCAAGGAUUGGUGGCAAACUUCUCAAUUCUAUCAGAUAUAUCCCAGAUCAUUUAUGGACUCUAAUGGUGAUGGCAUAGGUGAUUUAAAAGGCAUAACAUCCAAAUUAUCGUAUCUCAAGGAAAUUGGCAUUAAUGCCACUUGGCUGUCUCCUAUCUAUGUCUCACCUAUGGCUGAUUUUGGUUAUGACAUCGCGGAUUUCUUUGAUAUACAACCGGAAUAUGGCACUUUAGAUGAUUUUGAUGAAAUGAUUAAGGAGGCCAAUAGAUUGGGCAUUAAGAUCAUAAUGGAUUUUGUGCCCAAUCAUUCGAGUGAUGAAAGUGUGUGGUUUAAAAAAUCCGUUAAUCGCGAAAAGGGCUAUGAGGAUUAUUAUGUGUGGGAAGAUGGCUAUUUAAGUGAAAAUGGUACUAGAAUGCCACCUAGCAAUUGGCUGCAGGCUUUUCGUGGUUCUGCCUGGGAAUGGAAUGAACAGAGACAACAAUAUUAUUUGCAUCAGUUUGCUGUUAAACAAGUCGAUUUAAAUUAUCGCAAUCCCGAUGUGGUGGCUCAAAUGAAACGUGUUCUUACCUUUUGGUUGGAUCGUGGUGUGGCUGGCUUUAGAUGUGAUGCUGUUCCCUGGAUGUUUGAAGUUUUACCAGAUGAAAAUGGUCGUUAUCCCGAUGAACCACCGAGCGGUGUAACCGAUGAUCCCUUGGAUGAGAGAUAUCUAAAACAUAUUUAUACUCAAGAUCAGCCGGAAACCAUAGAUAUGGUUUAUCAGUGGCAUACUUUGUUGCAGGACUAUCAACGGGUCCAUGGUGGUGAUACGCGAGUGUUGAUGAUUGAAACUUGGUCUGCAAUUGAUCAAGUUAUGCUUAUGUAUGGCAAUAACACAGCUGAUGGUGCUCAGAUUCCCUUUAAUUUCCAAUUUAUCAUUGGUGGUAGUAGUAAUCUGGAUAAUACAGAUUUGAAGGCACCCGGAUUUGUUAAGAUUAUAAAGUCUUGGUUUACAAAUAUGCCAUCUGGAAAAACAGCGAAUUGGGUGAUGGGCAAUCAUGACAGACGUCGUGUGGGCAGUCGCUAUGGUGAGAAUCGUAUUGAUCUUAUGAACAUGUUGCAAAUGUUUUUACCAGGUGUUAGUGUCACCUAUAAUGGUGAUGAAAUCGGUAUGCUUGAUUUCGAGGUAUCCUGGGAGGACAGUGUGGAUCCGGCUGCUUGCAAUUCCAAUGCCAGUAUCUAUGAAAAGUUCACCAGAGAUCCGGAACGUACCCCCUUCCAAUGGUCGUCAGCAGCCAAUGCUGGCUUCUCUACUGCCUCAAAAACAUGGCUGCCCAUCAAUCCCAACUAUGUCGAUGUUAAUGUGGAAACUGAGUCAGCUCAAACGAAAAGUCAUUUAAAUGUCUAUAAGCAAAUGUCCAAACUAAGACAAACGAAAACCAUACAAGAUGGUAAUAUACAAUAUGGCAAUGUUGGCGAUAAUAUCUUGGCUAUAAAAAGAUCCCUAGCCAAUGAUAAAACUUAUAUACUUUUGGCCAAUGUUUUGUCUGAAGACACUUCGGCUGAUGUUACCGAUAUUAUUAAGGCUACUGGUACUUUCCAGACCAAAAUUGCUAAUGUUAUUUCCACCAGAAAAGAGGGCGACUUGGUUACUUUGGACAAUGUUUAUUUACAGGGCAAUGAAGCUAUCAUAGUGGAAUCUGUUUAAUUCAAUUAAUGGUGAAUAUAUAAUGUUUUAAUAAAAAUCUGAAAAAUAGAAUAUUA